UUUUGUGAAAUUUAUUUCUAAUGACUAUUAAGACAAAAUUUAUCAAGAAUUAACUGUUUAAUCUAUUUUCAAAAACGAUUUUAAUCACCCACAAUGCAGUAUCCACAUGUAAACAAUAAUAAACUCUAGUGUCUGAAGAAUGUAAUGAAUGACCUGAAUUUGUUUGAUGUCACAACAUCUGAAACGCAGCUGAUUUUGUUUACUUAUUUCUACUUCCUCGUCAAUCUUUAGUCAGAAGCGUUGGUUUGAUCCGAUUUUUAAGAUGUCAAACGUCCACGACAGUGGCGGGGGAGGGGAUACGAAGUCAAUGGAAAGAAAAGUGAACUCAUUCCUCAGCCCCUAUGAACCCCUCAUAAUGACGGUGCAGAGUCUUCUUGUGUGGGAAUGUCCAUGGAAAAGUGCAGUACUCUUUGCCUUUGUGCAUAUUUUAUUUUGGUUUAUAUGCACAACAUCAUCUCGAUUUUUCUUCCUCCUGAGUGUUUGUGUGAUGACUGCUGUUUUCAUUGACACAUGGAAAAAUAAAAUAUGGCCUGAAAUCAGAGUACCACCAAAGGAACCAGAAGACAAAGAUGGGUGGACACCAGUGCACCUACGUCUGCUCAGUGUACCUGAACUGAGUAUUCACAUCAGCCAGUUCUGGGAUAAUGUUGUCAAGACAUUUCGAUGGCUUAGAAGCUCCCGAGUGAGCCACCCACUUGUGUUUUGCCUUGGAAAUACUGCCUUCUUCACACUGACUGCCAUGGUUGGUUAUUACAUCUCAGGUUUCAUGUUGGCUUACAUCACCAUCAUAAGCCUCAUGUUGUGGCCUUCUGUUUUGUACCAUUCGAUGCUGAGAAAAGCUUAUGUGAAAAUGGAACCGGGCUUCAUGUGGUUAGACUAUCACCUGAAGGCAAAGUGUCACACAGUAAUAACACUGGGUGGUCGACUGAACCUGUCAUCGGGUGGCGCUGCUGUCAGUGAUGGGCCAAGAGUAGAAGUUGUGGAUGAGGAUGACUUUCUUCCGAAGGGAGAUCCAGAUAUUGUUGCAGCUCUCGCGAAGGCCAUUACAGAUAGUGAGGAAGAAGGACCUAACUCAGCUAUUCCAACCCCGAGGAUGUCAAAACAUCCUUCAUUUAGCAAUGGUGAUGAUGAUCAUCAUGACCAUGACUUUGAGCUGGAUCUUACGCAGAUGCCGUCAUUUGAUGACCUUGACAAUACAGAUGAUGAGUUGGAACUUCCUGCCACCCCAGAAACCCCUAAUUCUCACAGUAGUAGACUGAAUUCACUUCAGUUUGCUGCCAAGCAUUUCGCGGAGUCAGAGUCAGAGGAUGAACACAACCUUUCUCCAGAUGCAGAUUUCUCUCAAGCAGACGUUAUGGAUGCAAGCAAAAGUAUCGCAGCUGCUGCAUCUGCUCAAGCCUCUGCUCAGGCCUUAACAGGGGCUCUUGUUGCCCGGACUAUUUCGUCCAUGAUGGAGACCGCUUUACAAGGUAUGGCCACUCUUGGACAAGGCCAGACAGCGUCUUCUUCCAGCAUGAUCCCCAGAACUGGUGCAAAAAUCACAUACACUUGCUCUGAGGAAGGUGAAAGUAUUGAUUUCCAGAACCCACAGCCGACGAUUGCUGAAUCUGAUGAAGACGAUGAUGAGAGUGAGAUUGAUGCAGCUUCACGGAGGGACCAAAUUGCAGAAAUUGAGAAAGAUUUUGAUUUUUUGGAUGAGUUGGAUCCAGAGUCACAAGAUCAUGGUGUUUGAAUUUGUAUAUAUUGCAUUUGUACAUAUCAAUUUUGAUCCUUGUGGUCAAAUAUUUGGUGUGUAAAGAUUUAAGAUCUAAAGUUGUCCAGGCUUUUCAAGUUUAUUCUUUUCCUCUCAUGUAAUGUGUAAGUGUGGAUGAGCACACAUUUGACUUGUGAAUCAGAGCAUUUGAUAUGUGAAACUACUCUGUAAUUUUCUUGAAAUCAUGCUUUGCUCUUUUUGCAUUUUUAUUUCUUUUUUUUUUUUGUAUGUGAUUUAUAUUUACUCUCAGGUUUUUCAGAUUCUGUAGAUGGUGUACUGUUUGACAUAAAAGGAAGGUGUUUGGCUCUCUAUUCUUUGAAGGCUACCUUUUCCAGACACCUUGUUGAAUGUUAAAUGGGGACAUGAAGAGUAGGACCACAACACUGCAUUGCCUAGUAAAUAUAUAAGUUGUGGAUUGUGUUCCUGCAGAGAUCUUGAAAAUUUGAAACAGCAUAUUCUUCACCUUUUAAAGGAUAAGGUUUUUGAGACAUGGUGCUUUGAUGAAUCCUUCGUUACCUUUGCGAUUCUACAGCAAAUGGUUGUGAAGCUAUUUUGACACCCUCUGUCCAUAACACGUUUUUACCUUUUUAUUUAUAAAAAAUAAACACAGUAACAGUUCAUAUUAAGUGUGUUUAUCAAAAUGUCAAGGAGUUAGCCGUACUUAAAUGUUCCACAAUCAAAAUGCAAGUAAGGCAUUUGUGACCUGAUUUGAGGAUAUAAUGGUCAUCAUGUAUACUGGAAGAGCUUGGUUUGAAUCUCUUGUUACUGCUGGUUGUGAUUUCACGUAUAUGACAGUAUUUUUACCGUUUGUGAGAAACUUGAUUUCUUACAAGUCACUUCUGUCUCAAAAUUUCUCAGCUCACAAACAUAAUGAGUGCAAUCCUGUGAAUCAUAUCUUACGGUAAAAAGCUAAAAUACUAUAUAUAAGGAAAUCAAAGUUUUGAAUUGUGUGUAACCUUUCCUUUAAAGUGAGAGAGAAAGACAAUAGAUUUUAGCAGGGUGGUCUUUGGCACUGCUCCUGCUUGUAAUGUUGAUAUACUGUCUCAUUAAAGACCUCUUGGAAGACAUCA